CCAGGAGUCUCAGACGCGGCAAGUUCUCAGGACCAAUGGUCCUGACCUCUUUCCCCUAUCCCCCUAGGAUUUGAGCCGUGACCCUGACCCAUGCUCUCUAGGGCUCCCAUAAUUCCUGACUCAUUUGCCCACGCUGGCGGAGCUAGAACCUUCCUCCUCUCCAGGCUCUCAGGAGUGAGCCCGAGACCCCAUCCCUAAUGGCCGAGGAGUGCCUGUCUCCCUGAGGACUGGACCGGGCGCCAUGGAGGGCCCGACCCCCGGAGGCCGAGGCCAUGCGGAGAAGCCAGUGUCGGCGGCUGCUCGGCCCAACCUGUCCUCACUGGGCGCUGUCUUCAUUCUCCUCAAGUCCGCGCUGGGUGCUGGCCUCCUCAACUUCCCGUGGGCCUUCCACAAGGCCGGGGGGGUGGCCCCCGCCCUCCUAGUGGAGCUGGUCUCCCUGGUCUUCCUGAUCAGCGGGCUGGUCAUCCUGGGCUAUGCUGCCUCCGUCAGCGGCCAGGCCACCUACCAGGGCGUGGUGAGAGGGCUGUGUGGCGCCGCCAUCGGGAAGCUGUGUGAGGCCUGCUUCAUCAUCAACCUGCUCAUGAUCUCCGUGGCCUUCCUCAGAGUGAUCGGUGACCAGCUGGACAAACUGUGUGACUUCCUGCUGCCCGGAGCCCCGCCGGCCCCGCCGCCCUGGUACACGGACCAGCGCUUCACCCUGACGCUGCUCUCCCUGCUGCUCGUCCUGCCCCUGUCGGCCCCGCGCGAGAUCGGCUUCCAGAAGUACACGAGCAUCCUAGGCACGCUGGCCGCCUGCUACCUGGCCCUGGUCGUCGUGGCGCAGUACUACCUCGGGCCCCCGGGCCUCGCUCCUGAGCCCCUCCCGGCCGUGAGUCCUCCCUCCUGGACCUCUGUGUUUAGUGUCUUUCCUACCAUCUGCUUUGGAUUUCAGUGUCACGAAGCGGCUGUGUCCAUCUACUGCAGCAUGCGCAACCAGAGCCUCUGGCACUGGGCCCUGGUGUCCGUGCUGUCCUUGCUGGCCUGCUGCCUUGUCUACUCGCUGACAGGCCUUUAUGGCUUCCUGACCUUUGGGACGGAAGUUUCGGCUGACAUCCUGAUGUCCUACCCUGGCAGCGACGGGGUCAUCGUUGUCGCCCGGGUCCUCUUCGCCGUCUCCAUCGUGACCGUCUACCCCAUCGUGCUCUUCCUGGGGAGGUCGGUGCUGCAGGAUUUCUGGAGGAGGGGCUGCUGCUGGGCCUGCGGGCCCCGGGCCCUGGUCGAGCCCUCAGGGCCGUGGGUCCGGAUGCCGCUGACCGUCCUGUGGGUCACCGGGACGCUCGCCUUGGCCCUGUUCCUGCCCGACCUCGGCGAGAUCAUCGGCAUCAUCGGCGGCAUCAGCUCCUUUUUCAUCUUCAUCUUCCCAGGUCUGUGCCUCAUCUGCGCCAUCAGCGUGGAGCCCGUCGGACCCCAAGUUAGGUGCUGCCUGGAGGCCUGGGGCGUGGUGUCUGUGCUGGUUGGCACGUUCAUCUUUGGGCAGAGCACGGUGGCUGCCGUUCUGGAGCUGCUCUGAGGGGCGGCCUGCUCGACUACCGGCGUGCAGCCGUGACAGCGGUGUACUAUCACGAUAAAGGUGCUGGAAAAUCAUA